AUGAAAAUUUCCAUCUCCAGUUACCGGUAUCUCUCUUCUAACAAUUUAUAUAACUAUUUCACAUCAUGUCAAGCUGCGAAGAUCGGAAUUUUUGAGGAAAAAAAAACAACAAAAAAAGAAAAAAAAAAAAAGAAAAAACAACUUCAUACAGGUAAUUUAAACCUAGUGAUAACAAUAUAUUACGUGCUUACUAUGGUAAACUGAAUUUAAAAGGCUUAAAUGAUAGAUGUACGUACGUCUCUCACGCGGCGGAUAGUUUCUCACGCGGCGGAUAGUUUCUCAAUACCUCCUCGCCUAAAACGCUAUUCUAAUUUACACUAACCUUUUCUCAUUUUAUCAUUAUUUAACAACGCGGAAGGUUGAAAGGUUAAUGCGCGGGAAAUUGCAUUCUAUGGAAAUUUUUACAUUGGCUUAAAUCCAGAAGUGAAAAUAAAGAUGGACUGUGAAAAAGGUGAUGAAGCUAAUGAAGUGUUCGACUUGCGAGAGAACAGCAGUGAUGAUAGUGUUCCAUGCUCUAUUGAAAAAGUUCCAGAAAGAGACAAAUGGUCCUCGAAGUUUGACUUCAUCUUGUCAUGCAUUGGCUUUGCUGUUGGGCUGGGAAACAUUUGGAGAUUCCCAUACCUCUGUUAUAAGAAUGGUGGCGGUAAGUAUAAAUGUAACGUGUUAGAUUACUUUUUUUUGGUUAUGUUUGACUGUAAGUCAAACUGGCGUGCUCAAGUUAUAUGACAACG